CGGUCCAACCAAAAUCCCUUUCACACAGAUCCGCUGAACCGGAACCCAGCUAUCCAGUAUCCACCGUCUUUACAUCGACUCUUCGCGCGCGCCUCCUCCUCUCUCUCACCCGCAUCUCGCCUCCCUUCACAACCGUCACCGUCGCCGGCGAUUCACUCUCACUUCCCAAGGGUUUUGGAAAUACACUUCGUAGAUUAGUUUCCAUUCAAUUUUCAUUGAACAGCGAGCUUGGGAUUGCUAUUUUGCUAUCAUCAAAGGUUUUUUCGCCGUCAUGGAGAGUGCUGGAACUGGUGCUUCCGGAGUCGUUGACUUAGACAAGAUGACGGAGACACUGGAACCGGAGAAGUCUUCAGGUGGCGGUCUCUAUGUUCCUGGGAAGGAUAGAGUGGUGUACGUUGCUCCCGAAAGAAAAUCUCGCUUAGGACUUGAUGCCCUUGCGAGUGCGAAACGGGGAGGGGCUCAGUAUGAUGGGGGAUUCAAGGUGCCUAAAGAAAGAACCAUGUCUAUUGCGGCCUCGGCGGAUGAUGAGGAUAAGUCUGAGAGUUCUGUUGUUGAUGAUGGUGGGCAUGCCGGUACACGCAGACAUGCUAAGAGGAGGUAUCGUGAGACAAUCAGUGAAACGUCGCGUGCAGAAAGUUCUCUGUCUGAAGAUCGCUAUGGUGAUACACCGGGGUCCCGAUCAACUGAGCAUAUGGGUUCAGAUGUCCGUGCCUCGCCUUCUGAAUAUGACAGGGAGGACCGUAGGAGUGAGAGGAGGCAUUCCAGGGAUGAUUCAAGAAGUGGUAGUAACAGAGUGCGGCAUAGAGACACUUAUGAAAGUAGGGAAUCUUAUUCAGAAAGGGAUUCCCGUAGUCGGUAUGACCAUGAAUAUGGUAGGAAGCGAAACAGAUAUGAAGGUUCCAGAAGAACGCCUGGCAGGUCUGACUGGGAUGAUGGUAGAUGGGAAUGGGAAGAUACUCCACGGAGAGAUAGUUCUAGACGUCAUCAACCUUCACCAUCCCCAAUGUUCGUUGGUGCCUCACCUGAUGCACGAUUAGUUUCUCCAUGGUUGGGGGGCCACACUCCCCAUUCAUCAUUUACUUCAUCUUCACCAUGGGACCAUGUUUCUCCCUCUCCUAUUCCAAUACGUGCUUCAGGAUCCUCAGUCAAAUCUUCUCUUUCUGGACAUAAUGGAAGGUCACAUAGACCGAAUUUUUCUUCAGGAACUUCAAAUACAUAUGAGGAUGAAGUAGCGGAUAGGUCCUUGGGUGAAGAGCACAAGUAUGAGAUUACUGAAAGCAUGCGCCGAGAGAUGGAAUACGAUGCUGACCGAGCAUGGUAUGAUAGAGAGGAAGGUAGCACAAUGUAUGAGGCUGAUAAUUCAUCAGUGUUUCUUGGAGAUGAGGCUUCCUUUCAGAAAAAAGAGGCAGAGUUGGCCAAAAGACUGGUCCGAAGAGAUGGGACUAAGAUGUCACUUGCUCAGACCAAGAAAUUGUCUCAGCUCACAGCUGAUAAUGCUCAGUGGGAGGACCGGCAAUUACUGAGAUCAGGAGCGGUUAGAGGUACAGAGGUUCAGACUGAAUUUGAUGAUGAGGAUGAACGCAGGGUUAUUCUGCUUGUGCAUGAUACAAAGCCUCCUUUUCUUGAUGGCAGAGUUGUUUAUACUAAGCAGGCAGAGCCAAUAAUGCCAAUAAAAGAUCCAACAUCUGACAUGGCUAUAAUUUCUCGUAAAGGAUCUACUUUGGUCCGAGAAAUCCAUGAGAAGCAGAGUUCGAAUAAGUCUCGCCAACGCUUUUGGGAACUAGCAGGCUCAAAACUUGGUAAUAUCUUAGGAGUUGAAAAGACAGCAGAACAGAUAGAUGCAGACACUGCAACAGUGGGUGAAGAUGGGGAAAUAGAUUUUAAGGAGGAAGCAAAGUUUUCACAGCACUUGAAGAAGGGAGAAGCUGUGAGUGAGUUUGCUAAGUCAAAAACCAUGGCAGAGCAAAGGCAAUAUCUGCCAAUUUUUUCAGUGCGAGAAGAGUUAUUACAGGUGAUUCGUGAAAAUCAGGUGGUGGUAGUGGUUGGAGAAACUGGUUCAGGAAAAACAACGCAAUUGACACAGUAUCUUCACGAGGAUGGCUUUACUAUAGGUGGCAUAGUAGGUUGCACCCAACCAAGGCGUGUGGCAGCUAUGAGUGUUGCUAAGAGAGUUAGCGAGGAGAUGGAAACAGAGUUGGGCGAUAAAGUUGGUUAUGCUAUCCGUUUUGAAGAUGUGACGGGGCCAAAUACCAUUAUAAAGUACAUGACAGAUGGGGUACUUCUACGUGAAACACUCAAAGACUCUGAACUAGACAAAUACCGGGUUAUUGUCAUGGAUGAAGCCCAUGAAAGAUCAUUAAGCACAGAUGUUCUUUUUGGAAUAUUGAAGAAAGUUGUAGCUCAACGUCGUGAUUUCAAGCUUAUCGUCACUUCAGCAACUCUGAAUGCAGAGAAAUUUUCAAAUUUCUUUGGAAGUGUGCCUGUUUUUAAUAUUCCUGGGAGGACAUUUCCGGUGAAUAUAUUAUGGAGUAAAACCCCAUGUGAAGAUUAUGUUGAAGGUGCAGUGAAGCAGGCUAUGACUAUUCACAUAACCAGCCCUCCAGGUGACAUCCUUAUCUUCAUGACUGGCCAAGAUGAGAUUGAGGCAGCUUGCUAUGCCCUUGCUGAAAGAAUGGAGCAGAUGGUGUCAUCUGCAAAGAAAGAAGUCCCUAAACUAUUGAUUCUUCCCAUAUACUCUCAACUUCCUGCUGACUUGCAAGCAAAAAUAUUUGAGAAAGCUGAAGAUGGAGCCCGUAAAUGCAUUGUCGCCACUAAUAUUGCAGAGACAUCGUUGACUGUUGAUGGUAUCUACUAUGUCAUAGAUACAGGCUAUGGUAAAAUGAAGGUGUAUAACCCUAGGAUGGGUAUGGAUGCUCUCCAAGUCUUCCCUGUUAGCCGUGCUGCUGCUGACCAGCGUGCUGGUCGAGCUGGUAGAACUGGACCUGGUACGUGCUAUCGCCUGUAUACUGAGAGUGCUUACCUAAAUGAAAUGUUGCCCAGUCCUGUUCCAGAAAUUCAAAGGACUAACCUUGGCAAUGUGGUCUUGCUGCUGAAAUCUCUUAAAGUUGAAAACUUACUUGAUUUUGAUUUCAUGGAUCCACCUCCACAAGAUAAUAUUCUCAACUCUAUGUACCAGCUGUGGGUAUUGGGGGCCCUUAACAAUGUAGGGGGAUUAACUGAUCUUGGCUGGAAAAUGGUUGAGUUUCCACUUGACCCUCCGCUUGCUAAGAUGCUUUUGAUGGGUGACCAGUUAGGGUGUCUAGAGGAGGUUUUGACAAUCGUUUCCAUGCUUUCAGUACCGUCUGUUUUCUUCAGACCCAAGGACCGAGCAGAGGAGAGUGAUGCUGCACGUGAAAAGUUUUUUGUUCCAGAAUCCGAUCACUUAACCUUGUACAACGUUUAUCAGCAAUGGAAACAACAUAGUUACAGAGGUGAUUGGUGCAAUGACCAUUUUUUGCAUGUCAAAGGUCUGAAAAAGGCUAGAGAGGUGAGAUCUCAGCUGCUUGAUAUUCUCAAGACUCUAAAGAUUCCCUUGACUUCAUGCUUUCCUGAUACAGACAUUGUCAGGAAAGCAAUUUGUUCUGCAUACUUCCACAAUUCAGCAAAAUUAAAGGGUGUAGGAGAAUAUGUCAAUAGCAGGAACGGGAUGCCAUGUAAUCUUCACCCCAGUAGUGCUCUAUAUGGCAUGGGUUGCACUCCUGAGUAUGUGGUUUAUCACGAGCUAAUCCUGACCUCAAAGGAGUACAUGCAGUGCGCCACAGCAGUGGAGCCCCAUUGGCUGGCUGAGCUAGGACCCAUGUUUUUCUCUGUUAAGGAGUCUGAUACAUCAUUGCUUGAACAUAAGAAGAAACAAAAACAAGAGAAAACGGCCAUGGAGCAGGAGAUGGAGAAUUUGAAGAAGGUACAAGCAGAGCUUGAGCAAGAAAGGAAACAGAAAGAGAAGGAAAAGAUGGCUCAGCAUCAGCAGCAAAUUUCCAUGCCAGGUUUACGAAAGGGUUCUUCCACAUACUUGAGACCAAAGAAGUUUGGUCUGUAAUUAUUUUGUAUAUAACUUUGAUAUAUUGGUAGUCUCAUCAGAGAGGAAGAGGGGGGAAAAGCCUACACAAAAUGAUUGUGAUAAAUCCGGAAAGUCUAAAUUACUGAUUCAUUAUUUAGGUUGAGUUUGCUAUGCAGGUUCUAGAUUAUGCUACAUUCAUAUAUCAUUUUUCUUUGCAACCUUGCGCUGUCAUGUAUUUGUUACUCUCCUUGCUAUAUUGUAGUUACUGAAACAGCUUUUAACAUUCUUAUCUGAAUGCAAGAGGUUAAUUGUCA